CACUGUUCUCCCUGUCCCGUCAAUCCGCCUAGCGGCCACCAGGGGGCAGCAUCCGCACCAUACGAAACACGGAAGUCACGGAAGUCAUCGUCAUCGUUGUGUUGUUAUUGCUGCUGUUGUGCACAAAGCGAUAGGAUCCAGUACGAUCCAGCAGAUGCACAAUAACGCUCCCGUUUAAUAACCGGAGAUGGGCGGUCACGGCCUGAUGGGGGACGAGCCCGAGUCCCUGGACUACUCGGUCCAUGAGGCCUGGAACGAGGCCACCAACGUGUACCUGCUGGUCGUCCUGGUCAGCUUCGGCCUGCUCAUGUACGCCAGGAAAAACAAGAGGAAGAUCAUGCGCAUCUUCACUCUGCCUCCCGCCAGCACCCCAGAGCCCAACUUCUACGACAGCCUGCAGAAGGUCCGUCUGCGGCAGCAGCUGGAGAUGUACUCUCUGUCCAGGAAGUUCGAGCAGCCGGGCCAGACGGAGAGCGUCCAGCUCUCCAUGGAAUGAGACCAGAGAGCGCUGUCCAGCUGUCCCCCGAGCAGGUCACCGCUCGCUCAGCCCUACCCCUCACACCGUCUCCCCAAGCGAACCCUUCCAUGGAGCAUAGGGGUUGUGAAGUUGACCCCAAUGUCGACCGCUAUGGGGAGCCCUCCUUGUUUGGAGCUCUCUAAAAGGGUUGGUUCUGUACCACAAGAGAGCGCCCGUCAGGACGUAGAACAAUGCUCUACCCACAACCCCUCACUGCCUCCCCCCCAUCCCUUCCUCGACCAGCUCAGGUUACGGGGAAUUGUUGAUCCGUGCCGGCUCUCCAUGUGGCCGUAGCGGGAGGGUAGGUGGUUUCCGUUUGCUGUGUGGUGCGUAGUGAUGGUGUGAGGGCGAUGUCUAGGCUCCCCUUCAGUGGAGGGUCAUCUCAUAACUGGCAUUCCUGUGUUUCAUCUGCAUUUUGAAGGAUCUGCUUCGUAUCGUUGUUGCAUAUUAUUUUUGCGAUCAAGCCCUUUUUUGGGUUUUAAAAUAUUCUGUAUAUACAAAGUCAUUGUUUCCUAUAAUACUGUUGUCUUGCGUGAUUGGAUAUGUAAAUUGGCUUUGAGUAAAACAAUUUGAAGAUGGUGUAUUAAAACUAAUGAUUCAACCAUUUGGCAAUUUUUUUGGUGAGCCAAUGUAAGACUUGCAAUGGUUCUCCACCGCAAGUCUCAGAGCAGAGACCAACUCACCGUCCUUGAUUCUAAAAUCCUGCCAGCCUCUCAGAGUCCCUCACCAGUUAUUGAUGCCCAUAGCUUGUCCAGCCUUUUAUUUUUCAAGCAUAACCUUGUACAGAUUCUUUUGCAAACAAUAAGCAAAUAUACAAAAUGCGCCAGGCAUUAUAAAAAAUAUUCUUUACCAAUUGGAUUCAAACACUUCCAUAUUGCUGAUAUCUUCAAGAAAACAUUUGUAAACGGUAAAUAAAAAGCCAGCAAGUAGUGCCAAGUGUUCGAUAGGUUUCAACGUAUGCAGUAAGAAAGGCGUUCUGAUGGAAGGCUGUCCGGUCGUCUGCUCAGUGGACAGACGGUCUGUCCGGUCGUCAUCAGUGGCGGAGCAGCGGACAGACGUCUGUCCGGUCGUCGGGGAGCGCGCUGGCGUACGAGGACGUCCAGUCCCGGUUGAACACCCCGUCCAGCUGCCCCUGCAGAGUGGCCUGGCCGGGGCCCACGGCCGAGCCCGUCUGGUUCACCACCAGCCCCACGCCCGCCGUCUGCACAAAGUAGUCCUCCGACCAGUUGGACGUACCUGGAGCACAGCGCAGCCGUUAGCCUAUAUCGUCAGGGACCCCUGAGGUCAUCACCGCAGAGUGCACAGGCAAGCAGAACACUUUAAAGGGCGUCACGUGCGUUGUUAUAAGUGGAUCAGUUACUUUGCUGAAAUGGAACCACUUAAAUCUUGAUCUUGAGCCAGCCCUGGGCCAAAAUAACAGGUGAUCUUCAUCUGGGACGGCUGAUCAUGGACCAAAUUGCACCGAGUGUAACGUACAAUGUAAUGAAUCUGUGAGAUUUAUUUAGUGUAGUUAGUUAGGAAUUUAGUUCGUAUUGAAAAAAAGAUUAAAAUAGGUUCAUGUGCUAGUCCCAUGUUCCCUGGCCAAUAGAUUUAAUAAAAAACACUCAGGUUUAUCUUAUACAACCAGUUCCUGUGCAUGCCUGCCUGUGUGUGUGUGUGUGUG